AUGACGUCAAGGAGCAGGCGGAGGAGGAGAAGAAGAGAAAAUGCGGUGGAGGAAAUGGAAAUGGAGAGAGGGAAGGGGGAGGAGCCACCCGGCAUCCGUCUCGACGGGACGCGCCAUGCGGAAACAAGCGCGAAUCAACAGGCGCACGUAAUGCAAACGAAUGACCUUCCUCGUUGGCCUCUGCACCCCGUCCCCCUGCCCCCGCCCCCGGCGGCCGGGCGAGCGAACGAGCGACCGAGUGAGCGGGGCCAGCUGGGCGGCGGCGGUGGUCGUGCUCGGCCAUGCGAAUGCGAGCGAGUGCGCGCGCGCGCAAAAGCACCAGAGCAUAUUGGCGACAGCCGCAGCGCGGCGGCGGCGGACGCGCUGCAAAUCAAACACGCGCCCAAGAAUAAACAGCUCGCCGCGCAUUUCACCGCUAUCGUGUUGCACGAGUUGUUCUUUGGUUCAAAGGAAGCUGAUGUCAUAGAAGGAUCAUUCGGUAUCCAAUAAAGUCGCAGGUUUCUGAAAAUGAUAGAAAACAAACGAUGGGAACAAAUAAGCAAAUUUAUCGAAUUGGAAUCAAGUAACAUAAUUAUCCUUGUAACUUUAUUUAUCUGUUUUGUAAAGAAGGGUUUGUUGAAUAAUGAAUUAUCAAUAGCGAAGAUCCAAGCAGCAAAAUUUGGAGAUUCGAAAACCAACAGCUAAGGAUUCAAUUCGAACAUUUUAUAGGGGUUGACAGCCACAACAAAUGUACAUCAAUUCUCAAGAGAGGUAUUACAGUAACCCUAAAAUAACCUUUAGGAACAACACUGAAGGCUCAUUGCAGACAGUUCCAGAAAUAUAGAACACCAUGAAUCUAUUCUUAUACAACUGUAACUUUGAGCUUGAAUCUAUACGUCUUUAAUGUUCUAAUUCUAUUUGCAUAUAUAUAAUUUAUUCUAGUUUAAUGUGCUAAAAUCGCAAAAUCAAGAAUGUUAUGAAUUUAUUUUUCCCCCAGUUUGUGACUUGAAACCAUUAGUUACCAUUUAAAACACCAUUGUUAAUAUAAACUAUGUAUGUAUAGUUUGAAAUCGAACUUUUGUACCAAUUGAAAACGUAUUAAAU